CCCCCAAUGAGUUUUACAUCAUUUUUGGACAAAUCUCGAGGAUCAUAAUUUAGAAAAGUGGGGGGUCCGGACCCCCCUAUUUCCCCCCUUGGGUACGCCACUGUUCUGUCCAUAACUAAAUAGAGUUUUACCCUUAACAGAAUACGUCGCCGAUAGCUAGGAUCUUUCAUUUUUGAAUUCAAGAAGUAUCUCUGAAACUUGCAGAUUUUUACAUUGACUGGAUCUUCGCGUAAAAUAAGCUUUGUUGAAAUACUGAAAUCACUUAUUCAACAGAAGGCGCUUUUUUGUAAGGGUGCUUUUAGAUAUCGUUCCAAAAUUUAAGUCGAUGCAAACAUCGGUAAUGAAAAACUAAAAAUUUUUUACGUUUCUAUAAAAAAGAUCAUUCGAAAUAUCAAUUUGAUCACAUCUAUGAUUGACCUCUUCAGAUAAGAUUUUUUGCAAAUUUAUUUCAGGUUAAGGCUUUCAAAAAAAGCUUUAGAAAGUUCAAAUUGCGUUUUUAAUCUUGGCAAUUUCUUUAUGCGCAAACCUGUUAAAAUUGCAAUUACAUCAAGUACCGUUAUCUGUGAUGAUUUGAUAUAAAAAACGCCGUUGUUAUUCAUCCUAAGCAAAUUUUAUCUUUGCAGCUAGGCACAAAAAUAUCCUUGAGUAGCCAAUAUUUGCUUAAAUAUUAUGAUUGCAUUUGAAUAGAGUUAGAAUAAAUAUAGAGUUAAACGUGGACGACUGAUCCUAUGGAAGCAAUAAAAUAAUUUACUUUUGUUUUGCUUAUCUAACGAAACAUUUUGAGCUAUCCACCUAAAGAAAAUAAAAUGAAAUGAAGAUAUGUACAGUUUAAGAUAAAUGAUGAUGUGAGACCGUGGGUUUUGAUUGUCCGUAUGUUUUGCUUGGAAUUGCUACUGUUCAAAACUUAUGGCAAGAUGUCAACUGUCGUUGUUUUUAUUCAAGAUCGUAAUAAAAGGACUUUGCUCUUUUUUAUUUGUAAUAUGAGAAGCUUUGAUGGUUUUCCUACAAUUCUGCGAGCAUUGUGUGUUUUACUUGGUAAUAAAAACAAAACUUUGUAACAAUUUAAAUGGUUCUCUAUUCAUGCUCAAUCCACCUGUUUCUUGUGUGUUUUCAUUUUUCUCGCUUGUUUACACUAUUUCUUAGUAACAGCAAUUGUGCUUGGCUAAAACGUCACGACUUUGCCACUUCAUUCAUGACAUCGUCUGCAAAGUCAGCUUCUUCAAACAAGUUUGAUAGCAGAACAUAUCGUUUAGCAAAAUAGCGAUUUAAAUUAAAUUUUACCGAUUUGCAAUAUUGAUCGAUGUAUAUUUGAUGUAUUUGACGCAACAUCUAUUGUCUGACGAGCAAACAAGAUAAUGUAUUUCCAGUUUGAGAUACCAGUCAUAACGAAAAGCACCAAACUGAGGACAAAUUUAUUCGUGAAGACAUUCUUUUAGAUAAGGUUAUAUGCUCAAAAGAUGCUAUGAGCUGGCAUUUACAGAAGAAAAUUUUACAGGCUGUAACUAAGCUGGGAAAUAUUUUUGGGAAAAAAUCAAUUUUAUUUGUUUGUGUUGAAAAUGAAGCUUAAAGAUUUAUUUAGAAGAAAGCAUGUUAUCAACUUGGAAGAUUCUACGAAUUUAAGAGAGAAAGAGCUGAUCAGAAAAAUAUCAAGAGUUGGACACCUUCGAUUGAAGUUAACAGGGAAAAGCAAAUUCAAACUAUUGGAUAAUUUAACAUUUAUCCCCCCGACAACAACGUUCGAGCUAGUGGAUUACCCUGGGCAUGUGAUGCGGGCAAGGGGGUUGGAGUUGGUUGGUGAAAAGAAGAGAGACGACCAAGGCUUCGUGGAAAGCAGUGCCUUUUUCAGAAUGCCAAACCUUUGGUUCGAUGGUUAUGUGUCAUUUGAAAGUUCACAGACUGCUGGACACUUCAUACGGCUACGCGGAAACGAGCUGACGCUUGGAAGGUAUGACGGGAGUAAAAUAUUCAAGGAAGAGUGUAGUUUCAAGAUGACAAGACAUGACAGCUCUUGUGGGGAAUGCAGUUUUGCAAAUGACUGGGUAGAAGAUGAAGCAGGUAUUGGCGUUGUUGUAUCUGAUAGUGAAGAUGUCAGCCAAGGAAAAGAUUCCAGGCGCCUAAUGGUCCCAGAGAGUCCAUCAAAUGUGCGGAAACUGCCUGGCUUGACUGCAGUCGAUGGGCCUAACCGUAGACAAACUGUGGUAAGAAAAGACAGCGAAGAAUAUCGCAGAAAGAAAUUUGUGACUUUUAAUCAAAGAAAUAUUAUACACGAACACGUACCUGUCAACUGGCGUAAUAAUAACAAUGGGUUUGAUUGUUCCCCUCUAAACAGCGCUCGAGAAAUCACCAAAAAGGAGGAUUGUAGUUAUGAUGGAUCAGCGAGUGAGGAAAGUUUAGGUGUUGAUUAUAAAGCGCUAGAUGCUGGUAGGAAUGUCAGAAGGAAAAUGGCGGAUACAAAUUUUUACGAUUUGAGACAUUUGACUCAAAAUAAUGGACUAGAUAUCAAGACUUUGGUAAUCAAGGAAGAGAACUUGGAGGAUCCUGAGCUUGCAAACGAGGUUGGUUGUCGAUUAGAGGCUGGUAAAGAUUUGGAAGAUGAUGUGUCAGAGAUUUCAUCAUGUUCGUGUGACACAUCCACUAAAGAGUCCUUUUCUUCAUCUAGUAGAAAAUGUUCUUGCCAAGACAGCUGUGGGCUGUUGGGUGAAAACGCUGAACCAAUAAAUGUACUUGAUAAAGUAUAUAGAUACAAUUAUAACUGGCAACCCCCGGAUGGUUGGCAAAAUAUUGAUAAAGGGAAUUCAGAAUAUGAUAAACGAUACGAGUUUUCAGAUGUCUGUAAUACCAAGGAUCGGAAACUUUCAAACUAUGAAGUAAAUGAAAAAGACCAUUAUGAAUGCCAAUGGAUAAGUGGCAUAGGACAGUUUGGUGAACUGGAUUGCGAAUCUUUACCCAAAGUUAGUCCGGAUGUAAAUAAUGGAAUUCGAGGGAGUCUUUCGAUCAAUGAACCAAGUCAUCGGACAACAUAUAUCGGCUCCUCUGAGUCUGUUAGCAAUGGAAUCAUAGAUAAAUACAACGAUAAUGAAUUUGAAAUGAAUUGUAAUCAAACAGAAAAGACAAUGCAUAGAAGGCUGCCUGGAACUUCAAAACAUUCUAGUGAUGAAGAAGUUAAUACAAUUAAUGACGUUGUUCUAGUAUGCCUGUCUGAUGACACGCAUCACAAAAAAGACGCCAUUUUACAACUGCCUCAUAAUGGAUUACUAGACUCAGAGCGAGAUAGAUCAGAUUCAGGUCUGCCUCUCAGUCCAUUUGUUAAUGAUAUUGCAGCAAAGAAAUGUAAAGAAAAGGGAUUCUUCAAAGAGUCCUGAUAUAUGUUUGCUUACAUUGUUAAUUGAAUAUUCGGUAGCGAAUAAGUAUACUUUAUUGCAGAUGGUUUGCAACAAAGAUAGAGGGUUUAGAAACAUCGCUGUUGCAAGUUGUAUUUAUAUAUUGCUAUAUGCAGACUUAAAACCUAUUGCUAGAUCGGACUCUUUUGAUUUGUUGUAUCGGUCAUUUCUUGGACCCCUUUGGAGCAGCUGGGGUUGAGGUUUGAAAAAAUACGGGGGCUAAAACUGAAUAAAAUGAGCUUCACAGGUGUUUUAUUUCUUAAUUUUUUUGCAUAUUUUGGAAGAGGUCUAGGGGGCUAAAGCCGCCCAGGCCCCCCCCCCUGCGCCGCAGUGCCUGCAUAGCUGGUCCUUAAGGAUGACUAUUCAUUCACCCAGCCUACCGUUUCUUUUAGUCGUUUUCUGUACACUCCCUACAACCUUCCUUUUUUCCUUGCUCCGUUUUAGAUGUUCCGUUGGUGUCUUAACGUCCUUAGUUCAAGGCAGAAUGUUUUUUCCCAAAUAGGUGAGGCAACAAUGAAAGCCAUAGUCUUUGAAAUUUCCUAGUAAGAGGGUCAUCAUGUUUAAUACUAAAGAGAAUGAAACACAUUCAUGUAUUAACGGAACCAGAGUCAAAGUUACACCAACUGAGCCCAGUUUAGGCCAUGUGUGUUUUAAAAACUAUGAUUUCUUUUCAAAAGCAAGAUGAUUUAAAUGAGUUUACUGAUUUUUAAACUUGUAUCACGUCUAAGUACACUUUUCAAUGAAAGUUCUACUUUUGUAGAUUCUUCUCCCAGACAGCCUACUUCUUCCCUUAAGAUAUAAUGAUCUAAGAAUUUAAAUGUUUUGAAGUGCUCGCUUCAAAAACCCUCAGAUCAACAGAAAGUGAUGUCUUCCCAAAGUUUAAUACAAAUUUUAUCUUCCUUGUCGAGGAAAUUAGUGAUGGUUGGUCUAGCAAUGGAUUUUCGCGCAUAUAUAUUGGGUGUUUUUCAAAUUGAAAUUAUGUACUUAUUUCAUUAAAAAUGAAUGUUUAUAUUUGAAUUGCCUUAUUUUGAUAAAUAUUAGAACAAAAUAUUGUUCAAAUAAUGAAAAUCAAUUCUUUUUCAUAAUAAGACCUAGACACAUUUAGUUUUGAAAUCAAUCAUUGCAAUUGGCCAUUCUAUUUGAUAUAUAUUAAUUCCUCGUCAUUUCCUGCUGUUUUUAUGCUUUUGACUAUUAUAAUCUGCUUGGUAAUAGCUUCAGAAGGAAGUAAGCAAUUCAUGUUAAAUGAUAAGGAAACAACUGCGCGCAGACAGGUGUAUGAAAGCGGACGAAAAUAAUCAAAAGAAGAGCAAAGAUUUCCCGCAUUGGUCCUGCAUCUUUUUCGUUGGUUAGUUGCAAUCUGAACUGGUUUUUUUAUAGGGGAGUUAGUUCGCCUUUAUUAACAAGGCCUAUAGUGCGGUUUCAUUGCUGUUUGCGACUGAAACAUAAUUGUGCUUAUUUUG